AUGAAUUCAAACGAUAAUAAUUUUUGUCUAUCACAUAAAGCAAGAGAGGAAUUUGUUUGUGUGAACUCUUUAUGCAUUGAUAAACAAAAGAAAUUGAGCUGUUAUAAAUGUUUAGAAGCAUAACACAUCCAUUAACACAACCCUAGAGAAGAUUUUAAAUCCAUAUAUACUAUUGUUGAGCAAAUUAAUUUAGAAAAAGAAGAAAGACUAAUUAUUCUAAGAAAUGCUAAAUAAUGGAGCAUUAAUUAAAAAAAGGAAAAUAGACAAGCCUUAGAAAAGUCAAAAUUGUUUUCUCCAUAAUUUAUAAAUGAAAUGUCAUCUAAGAUUGAUGAAUAAUAUGAAGAAUGUUGUCAUAAAAUAAAUUAUUUGUAAAUUUGUUUAGAAGAUGUCAAUCCAAUAACUCCAUAUUCUCUACCAACUUUAAUUAGGUUUUAUAAGUAAAGCACUAAAGAGUUUUCUGAAGAAGUAGAAAUUGUUAAAUUUAAAUCUUUUGGAUCCUCUCAAUUAUCAUAACGAUAAUCAGAUACAGCUUUGAUUGAAACUCUAAAAAAAAUGUAAGAUUAAGUUAAAGCUUUAGAACAGAAGGUUGAUCAACUAUCAACAUAGAACCAUGUUUAACUAGGAAAAAAUCACUAUUAUCCUGCCAUUAUUAUAAGCCUGAUUACCAUUAUUAUUAUUUAAUUUUUCUCACCUUAGUCAAAAUUUUAAAUAGAAAUUUAGGAGAAAUUUGAAGAAGCAUAUUCUGAGUGUAAGAACUUUAACUCUGAAAUUAAUCAAAAAUUUUAAGAAGCAAAUAAUGAGUUAUAAAAACUAAACUCUCAACAUAAAUCUAUAAUUGAUCAAAAAUUUGAAUCCUAUAAAAAUUAGGUUAAUAAUGCUUAAAUGGAUUUAGAAAAUAAUUAUUUUGAUUUAAGAGGGUAAACUGAUAAUAAUUAGUUAGCUUUUGAAUCCCUUAAAUCAUAAUUAAAUAAUUUUAAUCUUAAGUUAAAUGAAUUGGAAUCUUAAACAAAAAAGAUUUUGGAUAUUUUCAACGAAAGAGCCUAAAAAUUUCAUCAUCAUGACCCUAAUAUGCGUCAUUUUAAAUAAAGAUUUCAUGAUUGGGCUUGA